AUGCUAGAAAAUAUCAUUCGCACUGGCAUGGACAUAUUACUCCCAGUUAAGUCUAAAACCAUCAUCUCCACAGAGCCACCCUGGAUGAAUAAACAACUCAAAGACCUGAUCAAACAAAGACAACGAGCCUUCAACCGAAACUCUCCGCUAUUCUGCCCUCUUAGAAAUCAAGUCAAUCGUCUCCRGAAAUCAUGCCGAGCAAAGUACUACGAAUCAAAUGUCGCACACCUCAAGGAUUGCAAACCUCAGGACUGGUGGAAAGAAGUGAAAACGCUUAGUKGGAUGGUCACGCCUACUCCUUGUGAUUGCUUGUCAGAUUUACAACACAUUGACAGUAGUCAAGGUGAUCCGAAGACCCUCUCCAAUUCCAUUAACGAGGCGUUUCUCGCUCCCAUGAAGGACUUUACUCCCCUUCCUCCAAAUGACUUUAUUUCGGCCAAUCAGCCCAAUCCUGUCUCAGUUUCCGAAUCAUCAGUCUUCGAGAAGCUAGCAUUACUGAACCCUACCAAAUCACCAGGACCCGACGGCGUACCCAGUUGGCUUUUGAAAGAGAACGCUGAUCUGUUGGCACCCAUUGUAGCUACUAUCCUCAACUGCUCCUUCCAGGAUGCCAAGCUACCACCAUCGUGGAAGAACGCAAAYAUCGCUCCAGUACCAAAACAGAAACCAAUAUUGGAUAUUAAUAAACACUUGCGCCCUAUAUCCCUGACACCAAUUCUGUCCAAAGUCGCAGAAGAGUUUGUGGUCGAUCAGUUCGUCAAACCAGCUGUACUUGCAAAAGUCGACCCUCGACAGUUUGGAACCAUUCCUCGAAGCAAUACAACUUUAGCCUUGAUUAGCAUGUUACAUUCCUGGUACAGUUCCACCGACGGAAACGGCUCUACCUGCAGAGUUAUCCUAUUCGACUUCAGGAAAGCUUUCGACCUAAUAGACCACAAUAUCUUGGUGCGUAAACUACAUAAGUAUGAUAUUCCUGAAUCUGUAACAGCAUGGAUCACUGACUUUCUUACUGAUAGGAAACAACGUGUGAAGUUAGGCCACGAUUGUUACUCAGAAUGGGGUCACAUUCCAUCAGGUGUUCCGCAAGGAACAAAGCUUGGCCCUUGGCUUUUCACUAUCAUGAUUAAUGACCUUGAUUCUCCUGGCUAUGAUCUAUGGAAGUACGUAGACGACACAACAAUAUCCGAAACAGUCUCGAAGAACCAACGAAGUACAAUCCAAUCGGCCGUUAACACCUUGGCUAAUUGUGCUUCCGCAAACAACUUUCAGCUCAACGAAUCAAAUGUAAAGAGCUGCGCAUUAGUUUUGCCAAAACUAAUACUGUUUUCAACCCUGUCAUCGUCAACGGAAAAGAAAUUGAAAGUGUGUCAACUGCAAAAAUCCUUGGUCUACACAUAA